AGGUCACAUUAGCGUUAGCUCUUCAUCCUUUGAAAAUAACUGAUUCCUCGACACUCUCCCUCCGUCACUCGCUCACCUCAAAACCCCCAUUCCCAACCCACACUUCAUCCGUCGAUGCUCACUGCAUGGCUCUUCCGUCAGAGCCUCAACGUCGUCGCGGCCACCACAACAACCACAUCGCCACCUUCCUCCAAUCCACUGCCUCCAACUUUGUCUCUCUCUUCAAUCCACCAAACCCUCCGUCUCUGACGCUCCCACACCCGCCCUCUUCACUUUCUCUCCCUCUCUUUUUCGGGCCGCCGUUCUCAGCCUCAAACGCCCUUGACUCCACCGCGAGCACCGCCGAGUCCGCCCCUGCCACAAAAUCGGUGAGCGUCGCUCGGCUAGGCGCCAAUGGGAAGGGUGGCGGCCGGGGGCCUGCCUUCGUUGGGCAGGUGUUCAGCAUGUGCGACCUCUCCGGAACGGGCCUCAUGGCCGUUUCCACGCACUUUGAACUCCCCUUCAUUUCGAAAAGAACCCCUGAGUGGCUGAAAAAAAUAUUUGCAACGAUCACCAAGAGUGAGAGGAAUGGCCCUGUAUUUCGCUUUUUUAUUGAUCUAGGAGAUGCAGUUUCAUAUGUCAAAAAGCUGAAUAUUCCAAGUGGUGUGGUCGGUGCCUGUCGUCUUGACCUGGCUUAUGAACAUUUCAAGGAAAAACCUCACUUGUUCCAGUUUGUUCCAAAUGAGAAGCAGGUCAAGGCAGCCAAUAAACUUCUGAAGGCAAUAUCACAGCAUGGUGUCAGGAAAAAGGUUGACGGGGUUCCUGUGUUUAGUGCCGAGAACUUAGAUAUUGCAAUAGCAACUACAGAUGGGAUUAAAUGGUAUACUCCCUACUUCUUUGAUAAAAACAUGCUUGAUAAUAUUCUGGAAGAAGCUGUUGAUCAACAUUUCCAUACCUUAAUCCAAACUCGGCACAUGCAGCGGCGGCGGGAUGUGGUUGAUGACAACUUGGCCGCAGAAGUGAUUGAGGAAAUGGGAGAUAGUCUUGGGGAGCCACCAGAGGUUCAGGAGUUGCUUGACGAAAUGGGUCAUCCUAGUAUACCACUAAGUGUUAUUUCAAAAGCUGCUGAACUCCAGUUCCACUAUACUGUUGACAAAGUAUUUCUGGGUAAUAGGUGGUUGCGAAAAGCAACAGGCAUACAACCUAAAUUUCCGUAUUUGGUUGACUCAUUUGAGAGAAGAAGUGAAGCUUCUUAUCUGAGAGCUACCGAAUCAAGGCGCUGCCUUGAGAACCCUGAAGUGGAAGAUGAUAGGAAAAUUUCUGAAUGCAUAGAUUCUUCUAAUUGCAGUUUGGAUGACAAUACUGAAGCAAUCAGACAACCUAGUUUCAGGCUAAGUCUACCAUUUGGUAAUUGGUUUCAUCACCUAUGGCCAAAACGGUGUCAUGAAAAAGCAGGAUCAUCUAAAAAAGGUGUAAAUAAGGAAGAUACGAAAUCAACCCCCUUUCUUCCAAAAGUUACAAUGGUUGGUCUCUCUACAGAGGAAGCAGGCCAGAUGAGCAAAGCAAAUUUAAAGAAGACAAUGGAGGAUUUGACGAAAGAGUUGGAGAAGACAGAGCUAGAUAAUAUGUCAGGUGGUGGCUGUAAAGAGGGCACAAUGGAAGAUAGGGAUCCACUAUUUGUGGCAAAUGUGGGCGAUUACUAUUCUAGUUUGGGAAGAGCAGGAUCUGGUCGCUGGAUCAGAGGAGGAAACAACUAAAACCAUUUUUUGUCGCAGAAAUUUUCAUUUUCAGGUUACCUAUUUAACACGUUACAGUGUUCGAGCUAAAAAUAAACCUCGUUUGCGGUGGAUGGAUCAAGCUGGAGAUUAUGUCUUUGAUCGAUGUUGUAAAUGAUAAUUUUUGUAAUUCAUCAGUGAUGCCCAUUUUGAUCUGGGAAGUUAAAUAAAACUGUUACAAAUGACAUUAAUAUGUAUAAACUUGACCCUGCGUAAAGGAAAGAAAAUUAUGUCAAUGUUGUCUUCAGUUAGGGACUAUUUGGUCAUGGUUUUCUUACAUCUGGAGAGAAUUAAAAUUCUGCUGCUUAUUGUAUCUCCCUCAAUUUUUUUUGUAAAGGUUAAAUUUUGGAAAGUUAAUAUUAAUUAAUUUUUACGA